AGCCUCGGAUUCAGACUGGCUCUGGGGUUAGCUGUGCGAGGCCAGCUGGCUGCUCAGCUGACUGUAGUGCAUCGCUGCCCAGCAGCCUGAGACUGCAGGGUGUUUUUUGGAGAGUUGAGUUUCAAUGGCCACCCUGACUAGUGAGAAGCAAGGACUGCUUAUAUGGACAGCUUGUUUUUAUCCUGUGCAGAGUCGGCUUUGUAGUGGGAUGUUGAAAUAUGACACAAUGCCUGUUUGUUUGCAAUAGCUGCAACCCUCGUAGCAGAGAUUCAAGUGGGAAACAGAGGGGGAAUCCAGAGACAAACCAGCGGGGAAUUAGGAUCUGUGACGCCGUGUCCUCUCUCUGGUGCCGGAGCAAGCAAAGGAAAGAGAGGUAGAGGAAAAGACUGAGCCUUGCAACCAACCAUCAUCCUGACGAUGUGUCAGUCAAACACCCUGCAGGGACCAGAUCUGCACACAGGGAAAUGGUGAGAUGCUAUAAAGCUUUAUCUAACCCUCCACCCUCUUGCUACAACCUCCGCAAAGUUAAAAUUCAUGUCCGGAGGCUGCGUUCAGGGAACGGCGGCAGCAGCAGCUGUGCCGCGGACCAGCACCCACAACUGGAGAGUCCAGGCCCGGCUGGCUCUGCCGGUGGUACACCAAAUAGGAGAACUCGUUUCAGGUUGCAAUUUCCCCAGCUGGCCCUGAGGCGAAGGUUGGGCCAGCUAAGCUGUAUGUCUAGGCCUGCUCUGAAACUCCGUUCUUGGCCUCUGACUAUUCUCUAUUAUCUUCUGCCUUUCGGUGCUCUUAAACCCCUGACCAGAGUGGGAUGGAGGCCUAUGAGCAGGGUUGCUCUGUACAAAUCUGUACCAACUCGGCUGCUGUCACGAGCCUGGGGUCGCCUGAACCAGGUGGAGCUGCCUACAUGGCUCCGGAAGCCUGUUUACAGCCUGUACAUCUGGACGUUUGGAGUGAACAUGAAGGAGGCAGCUGUUGAAGAUCUGCAUCACUAUAGAAACCUCAGCGAAUUCUUCCGCAGGAAGCUGAAACCACAAGCGCGGCCAGUCUGCUGUUUGCACAGUGUAAUUAGUCCCUCUGAUGGAAAGAUCCUUAAUUUUGGACAGGUAAAAAACUGUGAAGUAGAGCAAGUAAAAGGGGUAACUUAUUCUCUGGAAUCUUUCUUGGGACCUCGCAUCUGCACAGAGGAACUGCAUUUUACCCAGGCCCCGCCUGGUAACUCUUUUCAGCAACAACUAGUCACAAAGCAGGGGAAUGAGCUCUAUCAUUGUGUAAUCUACCUUGCACCAGGGGAUUAUCACUGCUUCCACUCACCCACUGACUGGAGAGUGUCACACCGACGUCAUUUCCCAGGCUCUCUGAUGUCUGUGAAUCCUGGGGUUGCUCGCUGGAUCAAGGAACUGUUCUGCCACAAUGAACGAGUUGUCCUUACAGGUGACUGGAAACAUGGCUUUUUCUCUUUAACAGCUGUAGGAGCAACAAAUGUGGGCUCCAUCCGCAUCUACUUUGACCAGGACUUGCAUACCAACAGUCCACGUUACUCUAAAGGUUCCUACAAUGACUUCAGCUUCAUCUCUAAUAACAACAAGGAGGGAAUCCCCAUGAGGAAAGGAGAACAUUUAGGGGAAUUUAACUUGGGCUCUACGAUUGUACUAAUCUUUGAGGCACCCAAGGACUUCAAAUUCCACCUCAAAGCCGGACAGAAAAUCCGCUUUGGAGAAGCACUGGGCUCUCUAUAGAAACUCUCUCAGCAAGAAAAUUUUCUAUCCAAAGGGACUCUUACCACACCACUGAGUGUUUCACAUAACAAACAAGUCUGUAUCACUCAGCAGGACCUGGGUGAGGAAAACAGAAGAUGUCAUUGCUAUGUUAAACUUGAGAAUAUUUGGUCUAUAUUUACAUGCUGCUGAAUGCAGAGAAAAUUUUGAAUGACCAUAUAUGUAUCAGGUACAGCUGCCUUUAAAGAUGUUGACCGUGGAGGUUUCUGUCCCACCCUGUGCCUGUAGUCUUUCAUGUUCUCCUCUCAAUGUGCCACAGGAUAAUUAUGUUC